GAGACGGCGAUGGAGGCACCAUCACCCCCACCCCGGAGAGCAUCACUAGACACCACCAGACUAAAUUCACUUUCCAGCCCGUUCAUGUCGAACCCGAAACUUGAGCGAGUGACUUGGGAGAAAAGGGGGGAAAUCUCUAUGAGCACAGGCGCUGACAGCCGUCCCAGCCCUUCUGUCUGCCGGCCCUGAACCAAACGGUGCCAUGGGGAACUGUCUGCACCAGGCGGAGCUCUCCCCCUCAACUGAGAACUCAAGUCAGCUGAACUUGGAAGAUUUAUGGGAUUUUCCCUAUAAUGGGAAUGAUUCCUUCCCAGAGAUCAACUACGAUGCCAGCUUGGAAGCAGCUGCCCCCUGCUACUCCUGUAACCUGCUCGACGACUCCUCACUGCCCUUCUUCAUCCUCGCCAGUGUCCUGGGCAUCCUAGCUAGCAGCACUGUCCUCUUCAUGCUUUUUAGACCUGUCUUUCGCUGGCAGCUCUGCCCUGGCUGGCCUGUCCUGGCACAGCUGGCUGUGGGCAGUGCCCUCUUCAGCAUUGUGGUGCCCAUCUUGGCACCAGGGCUAGGUAACACCCGCAGCUCCGCCCUGUGUAGCCUGGGCUACUGCGUCUGGUAUGGCUCAGCCUUUGCCCAGGCUCUGCUGCUAGGGUGCCAUGCCUCCUUGGGCCCCAAACUGGGUGCAGGCCAGGUCCCAGGCCUUACCCUGGGGCUCACUGUGGGACUUUGGGGAGCUGCUGCCCUGCUGACAGUGCCUAUCACCUUGGCCAGUGGCGCUUCUGAUGGACUCUGCACCCCGAUAUAUAGCACGGAGCUGAAGGCUUUGCAGGCCACACACACUGUCGCCUGUUUUGCCAUCUUUGUCUUGUUGCCAUUGGGUUUGUUUGGAGCCAAGGGGGUGAAGAAGGCGUUGGGUAUGGGGCCAGGCCCCUGGAUGACUAUCUUGUGGAUCUGGUUUAUUUUCUGGUGGCCUCAUGGGGUGGUUCUGGGACUGGAUUUCCUGGUGAGGUCCAAGCUGUUGCUAUUGCCAACAUGUCUGGCCCAGCAGGUACUGGACCUGCUGCUGAACCUGGCAGAAGCCCUGACAAUUGUACACUGUGUGGCUACGCCCCUGCUCCUGGCCCUGUUCUGCCACCAGGCCACCCGCACCCUCUUGCCCUCCCUGCCCCUCCCUGAAAGAUGGUCUUCUCCUGUGGACACCCUUGGAAGCAAAUCUUAGUUCUCUUCCCACCUGUCAACCUGAAUUAAAGUCUACACUGCUUUUGUGAA